GCGGCGAUCACGGGAAUAUCCGUCGCGCCGAGGACGCUGGUUAGUUUCGCUCCGGGUUCCGGCUGCGUUAGGCGUGCGUGCAGCUCGCUGAGACUAUGGCGUCCGGGCCUCACCCGACAGCUACGGCUGCCGCCGCAGCCUCAUCGGCCGCCCCGAGUGCGGGGGGCUCCAGCUCCGGGACGACGACCACGACUACAACAACGUCGGGAGGGAUUCUGAUCGGAGACCGCCUCUACUCGGAAGUUUCGCUCACCAUCGACCAUUCGCUGAUUCCGGAGGAGCGGCUCUCACCCACCCCGUCCAUGCAGGACGGGCUCGAUCUGCCCAGCGAGACGGACUUACGCAUCCUGGGCUGCGAGCUCAUCCAAUCCGCUGGCAUUCUUCUCCGGCUGCCGCAGGUGGCGAUGGCAACGGGACAGGUGUUGUUUCAUCGUUUUUUCUACUCCAAGUCUUUCGUCAAACACAGUUUCGAGAUUGUUGCCAUGGCUUGUAUUAAUCUUGCAUCAAAAAUCGAAGAAGCACCUAGAAGAAUAAGAGAUGUGAUUAAUGUAUUUCACCACCUACGCCAGUUAAGAGGAAAAAGGACUCCAAGCCCCCUGAUCCUUGAUCAGAACUACAUUAACACCAAAAAUCAAGUUAUCAAGGCAGAGAGGAGGGUGCUAAAGGAGUUGGGAUUUUGUGUUCAUGUCAAGCAUCCCCAUAAGAUCAUUGUUAUGUAUUUACAAGUCUUAGAAUGUGAACGUAAUCAAACCCUGGUUCAAACUGCCUGGAAUUAUAUGAAUGACAGUCUUCGAACCAAUGUAUUUGUUCGAUUUCAACCAGAGACCAUAGCAUGUGCUUGUAUCUACCUUGCAGCUAGAGCUCUUCAGAUUCCUUUGCCAACUCGUCCCCACUGGUUUCUUCUUUUCGGCACUACAGAAGAGGAGAUUCAGGAUAUCUGCAUAGAAACCCUUAGGCUUUAUACCAGAAAAAAGCCAAACUAUGAAUUGCUGGAAAAAGAAGUAGAGAAAAGAAAAGUAGCCUUACAAGAAGCCAAAUUAAAAGCAAAGGGAUUGAAUCCUGAUGGAACACCAGCCCUUUCAACCCUCGGUGGAUUUUCUCCAGCCUCUAAACCAUCAUCACCAAGAGAAGUAAAGGCUGAAGAGAAGUCACCAAUCUCCAUUAAUGUGAAGACGGUCAAGAAAGAACCUGAGGACAGACAACAGGCUUCCAAAAGCCCUUAUAAUGGUGUAAGAAAAGACAGCAAGAGGAGUAGAAAUAGCAGAAGUGCAAGUCGAUCAAGGUCAAGAACACGAUCACAUUCUAGAUCACAUACUCCAAGGAGACAUUACAAUAAUAGGCGGAGUCGAUCUGGAACAUACAGCUCAAGAUCAAGAAGCAGGUCCCGCAGUCACAGUGAAAGCCCAAGAAGACAUCAUAAUCAUGGUUCUCCUCACCUUAAGGCCAAGCAUACCAGAGAUGAUUUAAAAAGUUCAAAUAGACAUGGUCACAAAAGGAAAAAGUCUCGCUCUCGAUCUCAGAGCAAGUCUCGGGAUCACUCAGAUGCUGCCAAGAAACACAGGCAUGAAAGGGGACAUCAUAGGGACAGGCGUGAAAGAUCUCGCUCCUUUGAGAGGUCCCAUAAAGGCAAGCACCAUGGUGGCAGUCGCUCAGGACAUGGCAGGCACAGGCGCUGACUUUCUUCUGUUGAGCCUGCAUCGAUUCCUGGUUAUCUUCAAUGUGAUGUAUGGACUCGUAGUCAGAACAUUAAAGACAAACUGAUUAGGAUUUGAUUUCUUAAAACCCUCUAGGUCUGUAGAAACACUGAGGACAUUUUCUCUUGAAGUAUGUUAAUUUUUUUUUUUUUUUUUUGGCACAUUAAAAUGCCCUAGCAGUAUCUAAUUGAAAACCAUGGUCAGGUUCAGUUGUACUUAUAGUUGUGUAUUGUUUAUUGCUAUAAGAACUGGAGUGUGAAUUCUAUAAAAAUGUAUCUUAUUUUUAUACAGAUAAAAUUGCAGACACUGUUCUAUUUAAGUGGUUAUUUGUUUAAAUGAUGGUGAAUACUUUCUUAACACUGGUUUGUCUGCAUGUGUAAAGAUUUUUACAAGGAAAUAAAAUACAAAUCUUGUUUUUCUAAACUGCUUCUCCAAAAUACCUUAUUUAAAUAAAUUAUUA